AUGUAUCCCAUAUGCUUCGCAAUGGGCUGCCGCAGUCGCAGCUGGUUUCAGAUAUGCAGCCGCUGCGGAUCCAUAGUCGGUGCAUGCAAUAUUCACCGUCUCAACUGCGAGUGCGGGGGCGACCUGUUCCAGGAGGAGAUGGUCGACCGAAGCGACCCAGAUGUCAACGAUUCCCUCGUUCAAGGGCUGCGGCUGCUGCUGCAGCGUCCCGGAGCGCGCGUGGACCACGGCUAUGCAGCUCGGGUUCACGGUGCAGAGGAGCGGCGAGCGCUACAGCAGCUGGAAGCUGCCAUGAGACGUGCGGUUGAGGACCCGACUUGGGCCGAGGAUGUGUGGUUGGAUCAAGAUUAG